AUGCAGGGCACUACCCGCAGUUGCCUACCCUGCCAAUCCCAUCAGCUGCAUCUUAACCACCAUUAUGGCAACCGUUGCCGGCAUCAUCGCUCUUUUCAAAUAGAUAUGCUCAUUUGGGGGCCAUCUACUUUAAAGCCACCCUUGCCUCUUAAACGGGAUAAAAGAUCGCCUAAAAGGGCUAUUCCCAGGUUCCCGGAGCGGAUUUUGGAUGCGCCCGGGCUUCUAAAAGAUCCACUUACAUCUCCGAUUUCUUGGUGCCAUAGUCGAUCCAUUUUAGCGGUGGCCCUUAAUUGUUCUGUUUAUCUUUGGGAGGAAAAAAGCGCAUCAAUAUGUUCCCACUUUACAUUUGGCUCUGCCAUUUCCGCAGUUCAUUGGAUAACUUCGUCAAUUGUGGCAAUUGGCUCUGCAGAUGGCGUCCUAAUUCUUUGGGAGCCGCUUUCACAUAGUCAGAUAUACUUGAAACGUUCAAAAGGAGCUCCAAUCAAUAUAAUCACCAAUGGCCCGUGCGGGACCAUUGUUACGGGCGAUUCAAAAGGAGAUCUCUUUUUUUUCUUUCCAAAUGGCUCUUCUUUAGCAAAGCCAAACGCACACUCGCACCAAAUUUCGUUCAUCACCUUCGAACAGAAAGGCUUAUUCGCAACCAUGGACUCCAGUGGUCUUGUCCAUCUGUGGAAAAUAGUCGAUUCAACCGCCUUUUCUCCCGUUAUUUAUGGGUCCAUUUUAAAAUAUGCCAGUCAUUCGCUAUCUGCCAUUAAAGCAGUCGGAUGGUGCCCGUGGCGCUCUUCAUUGGUUGCAGUUGCCGGCCCUUCUUCCAUCACUCUUUGGAAUGCAUAUUCGGGGUCACUUAUUUCGGAAGCGACUUUCCUUGACCACGCCCACCCACCUUUGACUUUGUAUUGGUGGUAUCCAGAGUCAUCGAUGCCAUUAAUUGUUGUGGUCCAUUCUAACUAUGAAAUAUCGCUGUGGUCCCUACCGCGUUUGUUUUGUAUUACUAGAAUUCGACCAGAGAUCGAUUCGGUCGUUCUACAUGCCUGUUGGACAGGAUCUAGAAUCAUCAGCAUUGCAGCUGAUGAGAGAAUUCAGUUUCAUUCGCUUUCCCCGCAAUCUGCCGCCCUUAAUUCGCCCUCAAAACUAAAUUCACCCUUAAAGGCAGGAAAUAUAACCACCUCUCCAACCAAAGAAUUGUCCCUGCAUACAAUACCAAUUUCGCCCUAUUGCAAGGAAAUGAGAGAUGUCAACACGUCUCCAGCUUCUCUUAAAAAUAAGAACCUCUCUAUUGAAUAUAGCUUCCCUUCAACGCAUGCUGGAUGUGGAGGAUUAUUUUCGCCAGAAUCUAGAAGAUUGCUUUUUGGUGUCAAUGACCACCGGCAUCCAACAGCUUAA